AUGACCGAAUGCUAUGAUGUCGUCGUUGUAGGCGCUGGCCCGGUAGGGCUUAUGCUGUCAACAUGCCUCUUGCGCCUGGGGUCUUACAAAAUCAAACAAAUUGACCUGCGGCCCUUUCCGACAAAGUCUGGGCGCGCGGCUGGAAUCCAGGCGCGGACUCUCGAUGUGUUGCAGGAUUUGGACCUCAAACGUGCCAUCAUGUCGUAUAAUCCAGGCCGAAUUUACGAAGUUGCAUUCUGGGACGCUUCCAAGGACGAGGCAGGGAUUCGACGAACGGGAACUGCGAAAACUUAUCCUGAUUACAUCGAUACAAGACAUCCAUUCUCUACCAUCCUCCACCAAGGGCGGAUUGAGGGGAUAUUUCUGGAUGAUUUAAGGGAACGAGGGCAUGAAGUCCAAAGGACUUGGACGAUUGCUGGGUUCCGGAAUGAGCCGUGCGGAGAGUAUCCCGACCACCCACUGGUAGUGGACCUCGUCAGCGUGGACGGGAGAGAUCGUUCGAUUGUGCGAACGAAAUAUCUGUUCGGUGCAGAUGGAGCGCGAAGCCGGGUCAGGGACCUUCUUGGGGUGCCCAUGUUGUCGAAAGAUCCAACGAUGCAUGUGUGGAGUGUCAUUGACGGGGUGGUUAAGAGCGACUUUCCGGACAUUCAGAUGAAAUGUACCGUACAUUCCUCCAAAGGAUCCGCCAUGAUUAUCCCUCACGGGAACAAUGUUGUCCGCAUUUACGCUCAGAUGUAUCCGAAGAAUGGACAAGAACCUCUCGCGUUUGCGACAGUACCGAAAAUCCAACAGGCAGCAAAUGAGAUUCUUGCUCCAUAUAAAGUGGAGUGGGAGAGAGUAGAUUGGCACUCUGCAUACCGAAUUGGACAAGGACUUGCCUCGAGUUAUUCUCUCGAUGAGCGAGUCUUUAUUGGAGGAGAUGCAUGCCAUACGCACAGUCCCAAAGCCGGUCAGGGGAUGAACUACGGCUUCUUGGAUGCACACAAUCUCGCAUGGAAACUACACCUGGUCGAAUCUGGCUUUCUCCGUCGCUCCAUGCUGAAAACGUACGAAGGAGAACGAAAGCUCGUAGCAGCAAAGCUGAUUGAGUUUGAUGCGACAUACGCGAACCUGUUCAGUUCUCGGAAGCCUGCUGGCGAGAAGAAGGUUGCUCCGAGCUCGGAGUUCGUCCAGGUAUUUAAGCAGAACACGUUCUUGACGAGUGGCUACGGGGUCGAGUAUCCCGUUAACAGCUUAACUUGGCCCAUAAAUUCUACACCAUUAAACACAACAGCUCUACGUCCUGGUCGCAGCUUUCCUACCGCAACCGUAACGAGGGUCAUCGAUGCUCAUCCUGUCUACCUGGAGCAGGAAAUCCCCUUCAACGGUAGCUAUCGCAUUUACAUCUUCGCCGGAAAACCGGCAAUCACCUCAAAGGCGAUUUUCGAUCUCGCCAAUCAUCUACAGGCGAAGAGCAGCGUCUUUCGCCGAUAUCAGCGUAAGGACGUUGAUACCUCGUACGAAGGACGACACAAUCCUCACUCCCCUUUCUUCACCUUUUUGCUGGUUUUUCACGCACCGAGAUCGACGAUUGAAAUCCAGGAAUUCCUUCCAGACUAUUUUGCUUGCUAUAGGUACCAUGUUUACGCGGACGAUCGUGAAAUGUCGCAGAGAGGCGAAGCCAAAGAAAGGAACGCUCAUAUCAAAAUGGGCUUCGAUGCAGAUAAGGGUGGUAUUGUCGUCGUGCGUCCCGAUGGAUAUGUUGGAUGUGUUCUUGAUCUAAGUGAGGGGAGAACGAGUGGUUCGGCUUUGAAUAGAUAUUUUAAGGCAACUGUGCCAGAACAUGAGCACGAUGCUGUGGCGGCAAGGCUGUAA